UACUCCAGUGAGUUGUCGGCGGUGGGACGCUCAGUGUGCCCGACUCUGUCUACCUGCCGGGUGGACGCCGCACCGGCCUAGGGCCGGCGGGAGGGUUCGGAACCAACUCAGCGCACCUCACCAGCCGGCGUCGGGCCGCUGGGACCCGGAGGUCCACCAGGGGCAAAGCUCCGGCCUAGGCCCCGCGGAGAUGUCCAGCUGCGGCGCUUGUACCUGCGGAGCGGCAGCGGCCCGGUUCAUCACCACCUCGCUCGCCUCCGCGCAGAGAGGCAUUUCUUGUAGUCGCAUUCAUAUACCAGUAUUAGGAAGGCUUGGGACCUUUGAAACUCAGAUUCUGCGCAGAGCUCCUCUUAGAACCUUUUCAGAAACACCAGCAUACUUUGCUUCAAAGGAUGGGACAAAUAAAGAUGGCUCUGGAGAUGGAAAUAAGAAAUCCGUGAGUGAGGGAAACAGUAAGAAGUCAGGCUCUGGGAACUCUGGGAAAGGUGGAAACCAACUGCGCUGUCCUAAAUGUGGCGACUUGUGCACACACGUAGAGACCUUUGUGUCAUCUACCCGUUUUGUCAAGUGUGAAAAAUGUCACCACUUUUUUGUUGUGCUAUCCGAAGCAGACUCAAAGAAAAGCAUAAUUAAAGAACCUGAAUCAGCAGCAGAAGCUGUAAAAUUGGCAUUCCAACAGAAACCACCUCCUCCCCCCAAGAAGAUUUAUAACUACCUCGACAAGUAUGUUGUGGGCCAGUCAUUUGCUAAGAAAGUGCUUUCAGUUGCUGUGUAUAAUCAUUAUAAGAGAAUAUAUAACAAUAUCCCAGCUAAUCUGAGACAGCAACCAGAGGUUGAGAAGCAGACAUCAUUAACACCUAGAGAGUUAGAAAUAAGAAGACGGGAGGAUGAGUACAGAUUUACAAAAUUGCUUCAGAUUGCUGGAAUUAGCCCACAUGGUAAUGCUUUAGGAGCAUCAAUGCAGCAACAGGUGAAUCAACAAAUACCUCAGGAAAAACGAGGAGGUGAAGUAUUGGAUUCUUCACACGAUGACAUAAAACUUGAAAAAAGUAAUAUUUUGCUGCUUGGACCAACUGGGUCAGGUAAAACCCUGCUGGCACAAACUUUAGCUAAAUGCCUUGAUGUCCCUUUUGCUAUCUGUGACUGUACAACUUUGACUCAGGCUGGAUAUGUAGGUGAAGACAUUGAAUCCGUGAUUGCCAAACUGCUCCAAGAUGCCAAUUAUAAUGUAGAAAAAGCACAACAAGGAAUUGUCUUUCUGGAUGAAGUAGAUAAGAUUGGCAGUGUGCCAGGCAUUCAUCAGUUACGAGAUGUAGGUGGAGAAGGCGUUCAGCAAGGCUUAUUAAAACUACUAGAAGGCACUAUAGUCAACGUUCCAGAAAAGAAUUCCCGAAAGCUACGCGGAGAAACAGUGCAAGUUGAUACAACAAAUAUCUUGUUUGUUGCAUCUGGUGCUUUCAAUGGCUUAGACAGAAUCAUCAGCAGGAGGAAGAAUGAAAAGUAUCUUGGAUUUGGAACACCAUCUAAUCUGGGAAAAGGCAGAAGGGCUGCAGCUGCUGCGGAUCUGGCUAAUCGAAGUGGGGAAUCAAAUACUCAUCAAGACAUUGAAGAAAAGGAUCGGUUAUUACGUCAUGUGGAAGCCAGAGAUCUCAUUGAAUUUGGCAUGAUUCCUGAGUUUGUGGGACGAUUGCCUGUGGUAGUUCCUUUGCAUAGCCUAGAUGAGAAAACGCUUGUACAGAUACUAACUGAGCCACGUAAUGCUGUCAUUCCUCAGUACCAGGCCUUAUUCAGCAUGGAUAAGUGUGAACUGAAUGUUACUGAGGAUGCUUUGAAAGCCAUAGCUAGAUUGGCGCUAGAACGAAAAACAGGUGCACGAGGCCUUCGGUCCAUAAUGGAAAAGCUGUUACUAGAACCAAUGUUUGAAGUUCCUAAUUCUGAUAUUGUAUGUGUGGAGGUUGACAAAGAAGUAGUAGAAGGAAAAAAGGAACCAGGAUACAUUCGAGCUCCCACGAAAGACUCCUGUGAAGAGGAGUAUGACUCUGGAGUUGAGGAAGAAGGAUGGCCUCGCCAUGCAGAUGCUGCAAAUAGCUAAACCGUCACAGUCCUGUCCUUUCCUCCUGUUGUUUAGGGUUGUAACUGUUUCUACAGUCUGACAUUAAAGGCAUUGAAUCUAUCUUGGAUAUCAUAAUACAUGGUCAGAAGCCUUUAGGAUAAGAAUCAGAUCAUGUAUAUUAUAACAUCACAUUGAUUUAUACAGAAGACAUUACGUGGACUUUUUAAAUGACACGAUGUUUAGAGAUAAAAUGUAUAUUAUUUUGGUUCAGUUUUUUAAAAAUAUGCUUUAACAAAAUUCUUAGUACUUUAAGCAAUGUAGGUGUUGCAAUAACUGUGGAUUUUACAAUAAUGUUACUCUACAAAUGGGAAAAUAAAUUCUUUUAAAAUUGAAUUGGAAUACUAUUCUUCAGUAUUACGUUUUUCUAUCCA